AUGUCCUUACAAGAUCAGCUUACUCAGAUUCACCAAAAUUCUAGGGCCGUUGCUCUUGAUCGGCACAGAAAGGAAAAGUUACACUCCAUUUCCUUUUUGUACGAUCGGACAUACGCAGCAACUCAAGACUAUGAAUCUAUUUUUUCAGAGUCUUUGGUUGCUUUAGAUAAACUAGAAAUCUUGGAUAGCAGAUUUUCAAAGUUUAGGGAUACCAUAUUCAGUGAGUUUUCACUUAGAAUUGAUAGAGAAGCACAGACAAAGGAACAAGAGGAAAAUCUUGGCAAAACUAUAGAUGCAUUUCUUUCAAUGUUGUCUCCGUAUUGGCAUUUAGCCAUCUCUGUUAAGGCUGCUGAAUGGCCUUUAAGACGUUUUUCGAUGAAUAUUUACAAUAGUGAAUAUCUUUUAUUGUGUUCACUUCCAUAUUAUGAUCAACCAAUUUUCGAAAGGAUGUUGUAUGUUAUUCCCGUUUUACCACCAAUGUUUCAAUGGUUACAAGGAUUCAAGAGGUCUGGAAAAUGUCCGACAAACUCCACAAUCAAGAGGGCUUUUUGUGAUGAGACAUUUCUUAAUCUUUAUUCGAAGUUCUUGAUUAAAGAGGUUUCCCAUUCGAAUGUAUACCGCCGAGAGCUUGUUUUCUUUACUUCUAUGUUGAUCAUGGCUAUUGCCUCCCUUUCUGCAUCAAACUCUAAGGAACUUUCGAAUGUUAUUGCUCUUUCACUAGAGGCAUCAAGUGCACUAAUGGAUUCAACUGGAAAUGAGAGUAAAAUUUCAGCUUAUACAAUUCUUGCUGUGAUUUCUUCAGCUGUUCCUCUUUCUAGAGAUGUUAUUGUUGCUUCCAUAGACACUAUCUUAACCACAUUGAAUGGUAAACUAACGGCAUCAGCUUUAAAAUGUAUACUAAAGCUUUAUCAGACAAUUCAAACAGAUUCGUUAAAUGUAUUGCCUUUGUCCGUCUUCAAUAAGCUUCCUGAUAGCUUGUUGAAGGAUUAUCAAGAUAUCAUAUUUUCAACAGGUAUGAAUGGCAGCUUUCUGACCGCAUAUAUAAGAGCAGCAUUGAAAGCACAAAGUAUUAUAAUUGAAGUUGUGGACGUUCUUGAUUCCGUGCAAAACUUUAAUAUCACAACAAAAGCAUUCUCACUCAUAGAAGAAGAUGCUCUUAGUAUUGUGAAAAAUGAUGCACAUAAUUCGGAAAAUUAUGUGCCUUUGUUUAGGUACCUUUUGGACAGAGAUGAAGCACAGUUCAGAAAAAUUGUCAACAAGGCGCAUCUCACAGUUUCAGACCUAGAACUUUUGCUCCAUGCUACCAUCUUAGAUAGAAACGCUGAAGAUGAGACAUUCGUUGAUGCUGAAGAGGACAAUGAAGUUGAAAGCUUUGAUUCUGUUUCAGGUAAUAUAAUGGAGGGUAAGCCUGAAAAUUAUCAAUCACUUGUCUCUGACACAGUUUCUUUCCUUUCGUCUGAUAAGCAAACGGCUCAGAAGUUUUUCCAAUUGCGUGAUAUUUACUUCAAGUCAAUUCAGACAUAUUCUUUUGAGACCUUCUUGCAACAAGGAUUGAAAGAUGAGGAUCAAAGAAUUUCGUUUCUUUUAAGGGUUGCCUCCGAAGAAGGCGCUCCUAUUAGAGCAAGGACUCUUGCCCUUUCGAUGGUGAAGAAAUGUAUUAAUUCCAUUGGUGGCACCAUCCUUACCUACUCCAUAAUUCCUAUUGUUUGUACAUUUUUGCUUGACACUAAUGCUCGUUUGAGGUGUUCUGCUGUUGAAAUCAUAGACUGUAUGUCGUCGAAAAAGUCGAACAAUGCUCAAAAUUUCUGUUUGCCGUACAUUUAUGAUGGCACUAAAACUAAAAAGGUGGCAAUGUUGUCACCAAAAGAUGGAUAUUUGUUGCUCCAGGCAUUACAAAAGGAGGAGGAUGUCUUUAAAAUCGAUUCAGGGUCGUUUUUAAGUUCUUUCGGUACAAUUCUUGGAUCGAAGAAAUUGGGUCAAGUUUUCCUAGCAUUUUUUGCCGCCCAUGGUUUGGAGAAUGGCAUUCCAGAUAUCAAGCGUAAAUUGAUGCGUAUAACUGCAGCUGGUUGUAAUGCAGUUAAAAAGGCAUCUGGUCCAGUGGAGGUAUUUGGUUCAUUUAUUAGCAAUUACAUUGCAUCAAGAGCUGAAUGGAUCGAGAGAUGUGGAUACACAAAUUGCGGCUUUAAUUCCUUUGAGGAUGAUGUUUUGAAUUUGAUAUCUGUUAAAGAUUUCAAUCAGAAUGCAUUGCUAUUUUUAGAGCAGGCACUCACUUCUCCAUAUAAGCAUCUUUCUGUUGCCGCUCAGUCGAAGAUGCUUCAGGUGUUCUCCACCAUUCCAUUUGAUUGUCAAAUGCAUCUUAUCAACUGUGUUUUAGAAAAUGGUUUAAAUGAUAAAAAUACAACUUUCUACGAUCCAGCUGAUCUUUUAGAAGAGAUGAAUUUGAAUAGCAAACUUUUGGUCGAGCUCUUCAAGGGAUCAGUCUUAAGUAAUUCCGCGCAACCUCAAACGAAUAUUCCAAAGCGGAGACGGGCUUCCUCCGCCUCUGCAAGGCAUGCGAUGAGGGAAAUGGGAGUCUCUUCUUUGGCUAGACAGCAUUUACAAAAGUUAACUGUCUUGUUAGAUGUUCUUUAUCAUUUCAGUACGUUAAAGAAUUUCAAUCCGUCUGUCCAGUUACUUGAACCAUUAUUUACAAUAUUAGAUGAUCUCGAAACUUUGGGAAUCGAUGGAAAACUCCCCGUUUUAUACGCUCAGGAAACCCUAGCAUCCUGCAUGGUGAACUUAAUACACAAGAUUUCAGAUAAUCAUAUACAUGUGGAUGAUAUUUCAUCCAUCAGAGCUGAUAUUGUUGUUUCUUCAAUUCGGUCGUCCGACGCUCCCCAGGUUCAAAACAAGUUACUUCUUGUUGUUGCUGCUCUUGCAUCCUUUGUACCGGAAAUUGUUUUACACUCAGUUAUGCCUAUUUUUACAUUUAUGGGCGCGCAUACCAUUAGGCAGGAUGAUGAGUUUUCGUCUCAGGUUGUGGAAGAAACUAUUAGAUGUGUCGUUCCCGCUUUAGCCAGUACUGCAAAGAGCGGAAUGGAUGAAGAGAUUGACUUUUUGUUAACAUCUUUUGUUAGUGCGUUUCCACACAUCCCAAGGCAUAGAAGGGUUAAGUUAUUCACGACUCUUGCAACAACUCUUGGAAGUCAUCUUUCCAUGCAUCUCAUCCUAUUUUUGUGCGGUCAGCAAUAUGCAGCAGCAUAUAGUAAGCACAGUAUGGACAGUUGUACUGCACUUGUUGAUUUCUCGUCAACAUUUUUGCAGCAUUUUAACUCUGCUGAACAGAUUGAUGCAGCAAGAAAGUAUUUGGAUCUUUGGAAAAUGAUUCCUGAGGAUCCUGUUGAAAAAGACUCGAAGAUGUAUAGUAAUUUGACUACUAGGGUCGUUUUCUCGCCUUCAAUAUUACUGAUGAAUAAAUCAGAACUUUACAACUUAAGGCGUGGGCUUGUUUCUUACUUGAGACACUCUCUAGUUGAUUUCAAGGGCUCUAAUGGAUACUCGAGAUUGAGAAUUGUGAUUGCUUCAGAAUUUUUGCAUGAGGAAAAUGUUGAUCGGAACUUGAAAGUUUUCUCAGCUCUAAUUGGAGAUUUAUUGAGUCUUGUGGACGAAUAUUCUGGAAACGUGGAGGAUGAAGAAAUCAUUAAGAAGUUGUACAAGUUGUUAGCUAAUAUUUUGAGUUUUCUUCCCCUUAAGUAUUAUGUGGACUCUGCAUCCAGAAUACUGAAAUCUGCAUCUUCCUCUGUUAGGACAAUACGGCAUCUUACUAUUCUAACAGGAACGAAGUUCGAGUUUGAAGAAAUAGAUGACCCGCAUGCUCGUGAAGGAAUUGAAGAGAUUGUUCCUAUUUUAUUACAUCUCAUUGAGUCUAAUGCUGAUUUGGAAAUUUCCCAAUCAUCCUUUGAUACUAUUGCAUCUUUGUUCAGACGUUUUGGUGAAAAAUUGGACACCUCCCUUUUUAAGAGUGUUAUGAAUGUUGCAAUUGGAAAAUUUGGUCUUUUAAGCAUGCAUAGUCCUGAGCUUGUUGUUUCGUCGAUCAACUGCCUUACUAGUAUUGUGUUGAUUGAAGGUGUUAAGAUAAUAGGAUAUUUCCCUAAAUUUGUGCCACCGAUUUACCAGAUUUUUGAAUCAUUAGUUAAGUCGUCUGAUGAGGAUACGUCACGCUUAGGGGAAACGGCAAUUUUAGUUCUUUUUGCAACUUUAAUUAGGAAAAUUCCUAAUUUCUUAAUUCCUGAAGUUGAGAGCUUUGAGAGUGUUGUUUUCAGAUCAAAUUUGGCUUCUUUGCAGGUGAGGUCGUCUGUUUUAAUGAGUAUAGUUGACUCUGCAGACUCUAAGGCAGUGUUGUCUGCGAUGUGCAACUUAUGGAAUGGUGUCUCAUCAUUAGAUGCAUCUACAAUUGGUCUCUUUCUCAGCGCAUUGGAGGCCACGAUCAAUAAGCUUGAGAGGAAGGUGGCUAUUUCAGAAUCUACAGUGUUUAUUAGAUUCUUCUUGGAUGCUUUGGAGUUUAAAUCCAAAACAAACUUUGAUAUCAACACCGCAAAUAGGAUUGAAUCAACUAUUGAUAAAUGUGGUAUUGACUACGUUUUGAAAUUGAAUGAUAAAUCGUUUAGGCCAUUGUUUGCUUCUAUCGUCAGGUGGGCCUUUGAUGAAGAAAAGGGUGAGGUGCAUGAUAGAAGUUUGCGUCUCCAGUCUUUCUUCAAGUUUUUCAACAAACUUCAAGAACAGCUACAAAGCAUUAUCACAACUUAUUAUUCAUACUUACUAGAUUCGGUCGGACAGCUUUUACGGGAUUUCUCUGAAUCUCGAUUAGAAGACAUUCCUUUAAGGAGGUUGGUUUUAAUUUCGUUAGCUACCUCUUUCAAAUACGACCAAAUAGGUUUCUGGCAAUCCAGUACAAGAUUUGAUGCUGUCUCCAUUGCUUUAUGCAGUCAGUUAAGUAACGUUGAAGAUAAAAUUGGAAAGCAUUUGAUCAAGGCAAUUACCACACUUGUGAAAGUUGCUGGAUCUGAUGAGCAUAAUAAGGCUGUCAAUACCUUGUUGAUGUCACACAUGAAAACUGAAUGUAAACCACGCGAGAAGUAUUGGACUGUCAGAGUUCUCAAAAGUAUUUACAAGAAGGUUGGUGAAAAUUGGUUGUCCUUGCUUCCUCAAUUGGUUCCACUUAUUGCUGAGUUGUUGGAAGAUGAUAUGAAUCCGUAG